AUGAGUUUUAGUCAAGGACUGAUUAAAAUUAAAGAAAAUGAAGAUAGUAGAUCAAAAUCCAUACUUAUCGCUAAAGUGGCGCCAGAAGUCAAACAGAAUACGGAGGCAGACACGGAGAUAACUAAAACAUGCGCUGUCCUGGGAUGUGAGGAAUCAAAAAAUUUAAAUUCAGACUCAUUUUUUAGGUUUCCCGAGGACCCCAGCCUAAGACAAAUAUGGGCUGACUUGACCGGCAGAAAUAACUGGACACCCACAGACUACUCCUAUAUAUGUGUGCAGCAUUUUUCUGUGGACUGCUUCGAGUGUAAUGCUGAAAAUGCCGUUGUGCUCGUCAAUAAGGCAGUACCAUCACUCAAACUGCCAAAACAUGUCUUGGAGGUCGAAUAUAUUGACGAGGAGACCCUGGACAAUGAAUACGAGGAAGAGGAAAUGGAACUGGAAGAAAACCACGAGUCUAACGCUAAGAGACUGACCAAUGGCAGUGUUAACACAGACCCUCAUAGAACAGAGGACAAUUAUGAAGUACUAAAACUAUUUACAGAAGUCCAGAAAAUGCAACGACAAGCGGUCUACCUCAGCGAGAAACUAAAAUCUAGCAUGAAGAUAUACAAACGACAGAGCAGGUUCCUAAUGAGACUUAAAGAAGCCAUAGAAACGAAGAGGAAUCUGCUGAACCAGAAAAGGAAAAAGAAAUCUAGAAUAUUACUCUCACUUCAAGAUAAAAUCAAAGAGGAUACCAACGGAUUAGUACUAGCCAUGCCUACCAGGCAUACAGACGACUUGAAGAACUUUUCACUUAGUGUAUAUAAAUAUUCACCACAAGCCUACAUUUAUAUAAGAAAUACGUUAAGAACUCUCCUACCGAGCACAGAUGUACUAGAUUCCUGGUUGUCUUCGGGCUACGAACCAAAAAAUGUCAUGUCUAGUAACAAUUUAAUCAAAGUUAUAUCGGAAUUGACUGAUUCAGAACUAAGUUGUAAGGUGACAUUGCGUUAG